AUGAGUCAGAAGGGUUUGAUAUACAGCUUUGUUGCGAAAGGAACCGUCGUUCUAGCGGAGCAUACUCCUUAUUCAGGAAACUUUAGCACCAUUGCUGUUCAAUGUCUGCAGAAGCUACCCACAAAUAGCAGCAAGUAUACUUACUCUUGCGACGGUCACACUUUCAAUUUCCUUGUCGACAAUGGUUUUGUGUUUCUUGUGGUUGCUGAUGAGUCUACUGGAAGAAGUGUUCCUUUUGUGUUCCUUGAACGGGUUAAGGAAGACUUCAAGAAGCGGUAUGAGGCGAGUAUAAAGAACGAUGAGCCACACCCUCUUGCAGAUGAUGACGAAGAUGAGGAUUUGUUUGGAGAUCGGUUUAGCAUUGCGUACAAUCUCGACAGGGAGUUCGGGCCUAUACUUAAGGAGCAUAUGCAGUAUUGUAUGAGCCAUCCAGAAGAGAUGAGCAAACUUUCAAAGUUGAAGGCUCAAAUAACUGAGGUCAAGGGGAUCAUGAUGGACAACAUUGAGAAGGUUCUGGACAGAGGAGAGAAGAUCGAACUUCUGGUGGACAAAACGGAGAACCUGCAGUUCCAGGCGGAUAGCUUCCAGAGGCAAGGGAGGCAGUUAAGAAGGAAGAUGUGGCUACAGAAUCUGCAGAUGAAGCUAAUGGUGGGAGGUGCUGUUAUGUCCUUUAUUCUCAUCGUUUGGGUUGUUGCUUGUGGUGGUUUUAAAUGCUCAUCGUGA